AUGGCCAAUUUUAAUAAAGAAAAAGACGAGUUAUUGAUUGAGACAGUUAAAUGUUAUAUUGCAAUAUAUAAUAAAGGUGACAAGGAACAUAAAAAUAAUGUUUAUAAACACCAAUGUUGGGAAAAAAUUUGUGAAGUAGUUGGAUUGCCUGUUUCAGAAUGUAAAAAGAGGUGGAAAAGUCUUCGGGACCAGUACAAUAAAAAAACGAAAGAGGGCGGCACAGGUUCAGCGAGAAUAAAUAGCACUUGGGAAUACAUGGAUCUAAUGUCCUUUUUGUCUGAUGCUCCUGAGAGACGUGUUUCUCGCUCAGAAGGAAUUAGUGAAAAUGAUUCUCAGACAAGUAUUCGUAAUACAGAGGUCAAUACUGGCAUUGAUUUUGAAUGCGAUGAUACUUGUACUCAAGAGAUAUAUGCUGAAAACAGGCCUACGACACAAGAAAAUAUUGGCAACACUGAUAAUUCUACGCUAGGUCCGUCAACCUCUAAGAAACGAAAACCAAUUAAAUUACAAGAAAAACUAGACAAAAGGGAAAUUCAGAGGCUAAAUUUACUUGAGGCACUAGUAAACAAUACAAAAAAUCAAUCGCAAGUUCAACCUCAGUCAGCGAUCAAAAAAUUUUUUGAGUCAAUGGCUGAAGUGGUGGAGACGUUUCCGCCGCGUGAACAAGCCGCCAUCAGAGCGAAAGUUUGUCAGUUAGUAUCGGAUACAGAGAUAAGACUUUCUUCUCCAGUGACUCCUAUGCCUGAAGAUUCUUGGAGUAAUGAAUAUUUUAACAUGUGA